AUGCAGCCCAAAGAAGGUGACAACGAUUUCACUUUAAUCCUUAAACACGGCAAAGAGAUGAGAGUAAGUAGAAAUGAAAUUGCGGCUUCAAGCGAUUUCUUUUCUACCCUUCUCAACAGCGACAUGAGGGAGAACAAAGAAGGAACUGUUCGGUUAGAGCACAUCACAGAGGCAUGUAUGAGAGAUGUGUUAGAGUUUGUACGAUCUGGUAGUGUUGAAAUAACUACUCUAGAGAAUGCGAAAGAGCUGAUCGAGGCAGCGGAAUAUUUACUUCUCGACAGAUUGAAAAUAUUCUCUGCAAAAUAUUUAUUAGAAACAUUAACAUCUUCAAAUUGUAUGUCAAUAUAUUAUUUUGCUGAGCAAUACCGAUGCCAAGAGCUGACAAUCAAGACUAGGCAAUUUAUCCUAUCAAACUUUGCCGCUGUGACUGAAUCUCAAGGUUUUCUUUCUUUGGAUAACCAGCAAGUGGUGGAGUGGAUUUGCAGGGAUGACGUAGCUGUUAGUACAGAAGAUGUCAUAUUCAAGGCCAUAGUAAGGUGGAUUCAACAUAGCAAAAGCGAGCGGAAAAAGACGUUCGAAGAAUUAUUUCGAUACGUGAGAUUGUCCUUUAUAUCGCGUGACUAUUUGAUCGGUGGUGUUCUAGCCAAUGAUCUCGUUUCAGGAUGCUCAAGUUGUUUGAAGCUGGCCAAAGACGCUGUCCAAGGAAAAUAUUCUUUCCAGUUACCCAGAAAUUGGACCGAUACGCAUCUAGUCGUUUACAUGGGCAAGGAGACCUUUUGUUAUGAACCUGACGGAGACAAGUGGUAUAAGUUAGCGGACACGCAUUUGGCAUACAAAUUUCCAAAUAGUUACAAAAUGUGCUCUUUCCAAGGAAAGCUGUAUGUUUUCCCAGGUUCGCUGAAUGUCUGCCCCAAAAGAGCAGAAAUGUUUGACCCGUCUUUGAAUGGCUGGACUACCUUUGACUAUCAGACUGGACAGACUUCCAGAGAGACUUACCGUUUAGCAGUGGUAAGGGGGCAACUGUUUGCUCUUUAUGAAGAUCGUUCUGAACGUGUCCGUGACUUUCGCAUUCCACGGCGGCUGUCGGAAAGGCCGUCAUUUUACUCAGUAUCCAAGUAUAACUUUAAAUGGAAAAGAUGGACCGAUGUUCAUUGCAAUGGAAGUAAGCCAGUGGCUGCCAUAGGUGCCUGUAUAAUCGCCAUGGACAGAUACCUGUACGUUAUUGGUGGUUUAAUGCCUACUGACCGCAAGACUAUAUCACCACCUUAUAGACUAGACACUAUGACUCUACACUCAGGAAUGCGGGAUGGUGGGAAUCAGAGCUGGGAUCGUAUAACAGAGAUGAACUUGCCAAGAUGCCACGCCUGUGGCACUGCUGCUCAUGGGAAGAUUUUUAUCGCUGGUGGAUCGCUAGCGAGCUAUGGGCAUCAUACUUUGACCUGUGAAGUUUACAACGUAGACGCAGACGAAUGGCAGUUGAUAGCAAGUUUAAAUUCUCCUCGCGUUUCUGGUAGCAUGGUGUAUUUGAAGGGAUCUUUGUAUGUGAUGGUUGGUAGAACCUGCGAUGGAAGAGGAAUGAGAGUUGAAAGAGGAAUGACAGUUGAAAGUUAUGACUUUGAGGAAAAGACAUGGAAAAAGAAAACAAAGUUGCCAAUCAACAAAAUGCUUCCCGAAUGGAAAUAUGAUAGUUGCGCACUAAAGAUUCCAAGAAUACUCGUUAAACCCAUCCCCAAAAGACUGCCAGCGUUGCUAUGGCCCUUGUUGCUAAGGUCAUGA